AUGUUAUUUCAACUUUUACUUGGAUUCUCUCUUUCUUCUGUAUGCAGGUGACGCAAGUGUCAGUUUUGGCUUCUGAGUUGGGGUUUCCUUAAAAGAAGCAAAGGAAAUUAAACCCCCUUAAGCAAAUUUAGAGAAGAAAAUAGAAGAGAUAGCAAAGGCCCUUCUCUCUCUCUCCCUUUUCUUUUUGAUCCCAGAAACACUUUCCAUAGCCAAGGAAACUGUUUUUAGAGAGAGAAAGAGUUACCACCAUCAUGUCUCUUGGCUAUGCUGAGAAGCUCUCAUUCAUUGAAGAUGUGGGUCAAGUUGGAAUGACUGAGUUCUUUGACUCAGCUCAUGUUUUACAAGAUAAAAUUGAACAGCUAGCAAAAUUGAUAGAAAAGAGUAAGCAUCUAGUGGUGUUUACAGGUGCAGGGAUAUCAACUUCUUGUGGCAUUCCUGAUUUUCGAGGCCCCAAAGGAAUAUGGACAUUGCAGCGUGAAGGUAAGCCCUUACCUGAAGCAUCCCUACCUUUUCACCGUGCAAUGCCAAGCAUGACUCAUAUGGCUCUGGUUGGAUUGGAGAAGGCUGGCAUUUUGAAGUUUGUUAUUAGUCAGAAUGUUGAUGGUCUCCAUCUUCGAUCUGGAAUACCAAGGGAGAAGCUUGCUGAAUUGCAUGGGAACUCGUUCAUGGAAUCUUGCCCCUUGUGUGGUACUGAGUAUUUGCGGGAUUUUGAGUUGGAAACUAUUGGAUUGAAGGAGACAUCACGACGUUGUUCUGAUGAGAAAUGUGGUGCAAAACUUAGGGAUACAGUUCUUGACUGGGAGGAUGCACUGCCGCCUAAGGAGAUGAAUCUAGCAGAGAAGCAUUGUAGAAUGGGUGACGUGGUGCUUUGUUUGGGGACAAGUUUGCAGAUCACUCCUGCAUGCAAUCUGCCUUUAAAAUCUCUUAGUGGUGGGGGAAAGAUUGUUAUCGUGAAUCUUCAGAAAACUCCGAAGGACAAGAAAGCAAGUUUGGUGAUCCAUGGCUUUGUAGAUAAGGUCAUUGCUGGAGUCAUGGGGCUUCUUAAUAUGCAGAUUCCUCCAUAUAUCCGGAUCGAUCUCUUCCAAAUUAUUCUAACUCAAUCCCUAAGUUCUGGAAAAAAAUUUGUCAACUGGACCAUCCGCAUUGCAAGUGUUCAUGGGCUAAGUGCUCCAUUGCCAUUCAUUAAGUCUGUUGAGGUUUCCUUCUCUAACAAUCAAAACUACAAAGAAGCUAUUCUACAUGCACAGCCGUUUCUUCUAAAAAGGAGAACCGUUCGGACCGAAACAUUUGAGAUAUUGUUGAACAUCAAGUUUAGUGAUGGAUGUGGUUGCCUUAACACCCAAAUCCAAAUUCCUUUUAAUUUUGAGCUCUCCACCAUGCAGGAUCAGGAAUUGACUGAAGGUUUUAAACUCGACAAGAAUGCCACAUUUGAAAAGAUGGGAGAAGCAGCGAUUCAAGAUUCGAGCUAUGGGAAGAAUGUGGUGGUGGAGAGGAAAAUCGAUUUGGUCUCGAAAAGUGAGGUCACAGUUCACGCGAUCGUAACUAAUGUGAAAACAUUUGACUGUCAAUUAAGCAACGGAGAUGUGAAGCCAAGAAAAGAAGUUAUGAAUGGUUUGACAAUGACUCGGAAGCAGCGAUCCAAUGGACGCAAGCGAAAAACGAGACCGGAGAGAGCAGAAGUGUUGUAGUUUGGGGGGUGUAUAUGAGCUAAAGUUUGAUUAGAUCAAAGUUAUAUGCAUAUAUAUGGAAGGGACUGAGUGAAUUUUGUUAGAUACUAACACUCGGGUCUCUAAAGCCACCAUGGUUAGAUAAGUAGAAACUUUUGUUAACAUCACCCAG